AUGGACAAAGAUUGCGACAUGGUAUAUAAGAACAUCUCUGACAUAUAUAAAUCGGAGGAGUUUAAGACAUACGACAACUUUGUUUCAUUAGUUGCAAAAUGUGUAUGGCAGAUAAGAGAUAAAGAUAGAAGAGGUAAAGUAUGGCAUGAACAGAUAAAACCAGCAGCUUUUGAGUUAAAGAAAACCAUUGACGCCUUAGUUGUUCUAGCAGGUCAAAUUUCAAUGUAUAACGCAAAAAUGAAUCCGCAAUGUUCUAAAUGUAAAGCAGCAAUGAGGAAAUAUAACUACUCCGUCAAAGAGAUAGAACGAAUGAGAACGACUAUGCUGACUUAA